UUAUCUGUUUAUUUAUUAUUUAUUCGUCACUCUUACUAUUGAUUGUUUGAAUUUUUGCCUUCUUGUUUUUAUAUUGUGUCGCGUACUUGUAUGUCUAUCGUGUUAUGUGUCUCGUCACCGUGGGAUGGAGAAAAACGUAAUUUCGGUCUCUUUGUGUGUUGUGACAUGUGGAGAGAUUGACAAUAAAGCUGACUUUGACUUUGACUUGUGGCCCUGAGGCAAAGUUAGUGAAAUGCACACGCACGCACGCACAUAAAAAGGCAUCCAAGUUGAAAUUGGGACUCAGCUGAACACAGUCCUGCCGUGUGGGAAGACACCAAAGAAAACUGCAGCACGCCAAGACAAAGACUGACCAGCUUUACCGAUUACAAAACAAACAUGCACUUUGCCCUUGGCGUGUUACUCUUGUGCGGCGGCAUCAGUGGAAGUUGGGCCGCUUCCAUCAAAAUAGGACGUCAUUGCCCUGCCGGCUGGACUCAGUUGGACACCCGCUGUUUCAUCUACCAAAACGAGGCAUUAAAUUUCCGUCUUGCGGAGACUGUCUGCAACAUUCUCGGCGGAAACCUGGUUUCCAUCCACAGUCAACUCGAAAAUGAAGUAGUCCGCCACGUGAUUCUGGCGGGGGCUGGCUCUUUUGCGCGGACUUGGAUUGGACUAUAUGACCGGAUCGAGGAUGGAGAUUAUUUAUGGACGGACGGCUCAGAGGCUGAUUUCUUCGACUGGGGGACUAACAGGCCAACCAUGAACACAAAUGAAGACUGUGUCGAGAUCAACUUCCAAAAUAAUCGGUGGAAUGAUCGCAACUGUCGUGGUCGUCUACCCUUCGUGUGUGCAAAAGAUCUGAAUCACUUUUAAGAUGCAUUCUUGUUCUGCAAUGGUCAAUGAUUUGGAAAUGCUAUCAAAUGGUUUGUGUGUAUCAUUUUGCAGAGGGGAGCAGCUGUGAUUGAGUGCCUUUGGAAUAUUUCCAUACAAUCAGGUGUAAGGGUUAGAUUGUGCUUUUUGCUUCCAUAGCACUGAUGAUCAUUGAGCGUUUGUGAACACAGUAAAUGAAACAAGAAACUC